UGAUUCAUUAGUAAUACUUUAGGUUAAUUAAAAAUUUUAAUUUCUAACUUUAUCAAAUUUUUUAUUUAAUGGACAGCAAUGUUUACUUGAAGCUUUCAACUAUUACCACUGAUAUCGCUUGUACACUUUACGUAUGAUCCCUCACGAGAGGUUAUAAUUCCUAACCUAAAAUUAAGACUUCCAUCUAAUAGGAUUAUCAUUUUACUGUGAUUUAUUAUUCAUACAACAUGGACGUUCAAAGACAUUCUGUACAUACACUUGUAUUUCGAUCAUUAAAAAGAACACACGAUAUGUUUUUAUUAAAUCAAGGUACCUUACCACCUGUAGAUCCAAAUCUUCAAUCUAUGAAAAAAUCAGUGAAAGCAAAGGAUUGUUAUGGUCCUGUAAUGGAACGCGUUAAACACAAUAUGAUGACAAAAGUACAAAACGAAAAUGACAAUCCAGAUCCACCGCCUCCAGGAGAUGAAUCCUUUGGUAGAAAUGCUCCUUCCUCAGUUAUAGCAUACCAUUCAACACCAAGCAGUAUUGUAGCGACUACAACGUCCACAUUAGGAAAUAAUACUACUAAUACUGCGGUUGUUGUACCUAUAAAGAAAGCUCCUUCUAUGGCAAAACCGAAAUGGCACGCGCCAUGGAAAUUGUACAGAGUAAUUAGUGGUCAUCUUGGCUGGGUACGAUGUUGUGCUGUUGAACCUGGAAACCAAUGGUUUGCUACUGGAUCUGCGGAUAGAGUAAUAAAAAUAUGGGAUCUUGCAACAGGUAAAUUAAAAGUAUCUUUAACUGGGCACAUAAGCUGCGUUCGUGGACUUGCAGUUUCACAAAGGCAUCCAUAUUUAUUCUCUUGCGGUGAAGAUCGUCAAGUUAAAUGUUGGGACUUGGAAUAUAAUAAGGUUAUUCGACAUUAUCAUGGUCAUCUGUCAGCUGUCUAUUCAAUGGCUUUACAUCCUAGUAUAGAUGUAUUAGUGACAGCAGGUAGAGAUUCCACAGGUAGAGUUUGGGAUAUGCGUACUAAAGCUAAUGUUCAUACCCUGGUUGGUCAUACUAAUACUGUUGCCAGUGUUAUUUGUCAAACUGCAGAACCUCAAGUAAUUACAGGGAGUCAAGACUGUACUAUACGUUUAUGGGACUUAGCAGCAGGCAAAUCGAGAGCUACUUUAACGAAUCAUAAAAAGAGUGUGAGAGCAGUUACAUUCCAUCCAUCAUUGUAUAUGUUUGCAUCUGCAUCGCCAGAUAAUAUUAAACAAUGGAAAUGUCCAGAAGGAAAAUUUAUCCAAAAUCUGUCAGGACACAAUGCCAUAGUUCAUUGUUUAGCCGUUAAUGAAGACGGAGUAUUAGUUUCUGGUGCAGACAACGGUACUAUGCAUCUUUGGGAUUGGAGAACAGGAUAUAAUUUCCAACGAUUACAAACACUAGUUCAACCUGGUUCAAUGGAUAGCGAAGCUGGCGUAUUUAGUAUUACAUUUGACAUAUCCGGUACUCGUAUGAUUACUACAGAGGCGGACAAAACAAUAAAAGUUUACAAAGAAGACAAUGAUGCGACUGAAGAAUCUCAUCCUGUCAAUUGGAGACCUGACAUAAUAAAACGAAGAAAAUAUUAAAUAACAACUCUAUAAUAAUUUAAGAUAAUAUUAACUGUAUGGUUACUUUUAA